AUGGACGGCUUGCAGGCAGAAAACGCCGGAGUUGGAGGCAUCGGGGAAAACGCGGAGGAGAGGUAUCGCGCCCUCGCCUAUGACACCGCUCUGAGCACUCUGGUGGCAGUGGCUGUGUACGUGGUGGUGAAAGUGAGCCUGGAUGGCAUCAGACAGUGGCGAGCCAGGAUCUCGGUACUCAUUGUGGGUUCGGGUCCUGUGGGGCUGACGGCCGCGCUGGUCGCUGUCCGCUCUGGAAAGGUGCUGAAACUGACCGUGCUGGAUGAGAGGUACCGGACCGCUCUGCUCUGCCGGCCCCAGCAGAUCGCCCUGGAUCCCCGGAGUGUGAAGUUUCUGCUGGGACUCGGGGUGGACUUUGAUAACAUGGAAGGCUGUUGGCACAACGAGCAUUUCUUCACCAGGAUAGGUGUGUUUCAGGAGUACCUGCUGAGUAUCCUGGAGCAGAAGAAACAGAAAGUAGACGUCAAAGUGCAGCUGGGAACCAAGUUUACAGAGGAAUACCUGCGAAGGAUCCCACGGAACGAGUGGCCCCGUGUGAUUGUGGUGGCUGACGGCUCUUGUGGCGACUCCUGCUCCGUGCUGGGCAUCAGCUCUGACUACACUGUGGAGUCCUGCCAUGCCUAUGGAGCUAAUGCCACUAUAGAGAGACUAGACCAGAGACAGGUACCGACUCCUGAGAUCCGUGCCCACAGCCUUUACUUCGACCUGUCCGCUUACGGAGUGGAGGCCCUCCGAGAGCACCGAAAUCCCACGAGCAAACCUGGCUUCCACCUGAAGAUCUACGGCACCUUCAGAAACCGCUACAUGGCCCUCGUUUGCCCCGCUUCUGACACCAAGAUGGUUCGCUUCCUCAGACACACGGCAAACUCCUCUAUUAUGAAGAACAUUUUCCACCAGUCCUUCAAUGUCUAUAAGACGGACAUAGAGCCUCGUCUCAGUGAUGUGACGCUCCACCACAUGCAGUGCAGCCGUCGUCUUUUUGAGGUUCAGUUAUCACACAGACGCAUCAGCGCUGCCUAUAUAGAAGGGGACAAUGUGGCGGUCACUGUGGAGGGGGAGGCAGCACGUGUCCUCAACUUUGACACAGGUUGUGGGGUGAAUCUAGGUAUGCUGGGCCUCGAGUCAAUGGGGACGUUCAUUUACCAGACAGCCACCGCUGUGGACCAAAAUGAUAUUCUAGAGGCGCUGUCGGCUAAGAUGCAGCACUCAAGAAAAGUGGCUGAGACCUUCAAGCAGACAGGGCUGGCUCAGUCAAUGUAUGAAUGAAACACAAGGAUGACGUGGUGAAUGCAUAAUGCCACCUAGUGGACGGUGGUGGUGGAUAAUUUGGGUCUACAAUGAUGCUGAAAUGGACCACCAAUGGUUACAUACUGAAUGGAGCAGCAGGAGCUGUGAACAGAUGGAUAACGGAUGUAAACACGUGACCACAAGUCUUUGUGACAUACAGUGAGUGCAUCUGUGUUGGAGCGAGAAUAACUAAGGACACGUCUGGUACAAUACAUUUGAAGCUGUUCUGAUUCAGCAAACUGAAUUACAAAUGGAGAUAUAUCAUCUUUUACUGUUGUAAUGAAACAAUAUAUGUUGAUGCACUGCACUUUGGAUUUCUCUGUAAAAUGUGAGAAUGUAGGGGAAAUAAAUCUAGCCCUAAAAUCUUAGAAGAGUUGAAAUAAAAUAAAAUUCUAUGAUCAUUAUCAUUUUUAUCUUAUUUUAUUAGGGGAAUAACUGACUUGUUUUCCAAAAUCAAGCUGAUUGUGCUAUCUGGACAUCAGUGGUGCUGUGGCAUCAUCAGCUAAAACUGAACAAUGUAUAAAACUGUUAUUGUCUAUGGUUUAACAGUGGGACACGUGUCUAAAGUGUUAAAAUCAAGCCUUUUGUUUCUGUUUGACAAUGUGAUGAUAAUUGUGGUGACAAUGUUCUAAAGUGUUUGCUAGUGGCCUAAUUUUGUGUGCUGCCUUGUACAAUGGAACAACUUUAUUAUGAGAAAUUAAUUUUAGCUGGUGUCACAUUUUCUUUGUCUAAAAUUUUCACCAGGACUCAAACAUCACCCCUAAAUUUAUAUUAUUUCAGAUCAGUAUGCUGAUUAUAAUGUUCUGCACGUGCUGAAGUGCCAAUAAAGUUGGUGUUUUGUAAAAAGUGAUGUGGAUGGUCUUUACAGCGAAACAUUUCAUUACUUUAAUUAGAGAUUAAACACAGUUUAUUAUGAUUAU